AGGCGAGCAGCCGGAGCCGGGCUGGCCGGGGUUUGUCGGAGGUGCUGGCUGACUGCGACACGUGCGGGCCGGAAGAGACGUGCAGGGCUUCAGGCUGCUACCCCGAGGAGAGACCACCUCCCUGGCGUCCCUUGCUGCGGGCUGUGGACUGACUGGCAUGGUACACGGGGAAGGCCCUGGGUCUCCCCAGCGCCUGUCCAACACCAGCCCGAAUGCCAAGGAUGUGCUCCGGAGAAGGCACAAGAGGAGGACCCGACAGUGCCUGCGCUUCAUGGCCCGGAAGGCCUUGCUGCAGGAGCAGGGGCUGCUGAACAUGACGCCAGAGCCAGGCUCCUCACCAUCGGAGGCACCGCCAGGCUCCGAAGCUGCCCGUGGUGGGAGGCAGCAUCCCAGGGCUGGAUCUGGCGGUGGCGGCCGGAGCAGCAGAAGGCCAGCCCCCAGGAAAGCUUCGGGACCCUCGCCCAGCAAGUGUGUGGCUAUUGACUGUGAGAUGGUGGGCACGGGCCCCCGAGGGUGUGUGAGCGAGCUGGCCCGCUGCUCCGUGGUGAGUUAUCAUGGUGACGUCCUCUAUGACAAGUACAUCCGGCCCGAGAGGCCCAUCGUUGACUUCCGCACGCGCUGGAGCGGCAUCACGCGGCAGCACAUGCACACGGCCACCCCCUUCCAGGUGGCCCAGAAAGAGAUCCUUAAGCUCCUGAAAGGCAAGGUUGUGGUGGGGCACGCGCUGCACAAUGACUUCCAGGCCCUCAAGUACAUCCACCCCCGGAGCCAGACCCGAGACACCACAUGUGUCCCGAGCCUGCUCGGCCAGCCUGGCCUCCACACCCGAGCCCGAGUCUCCCUGAAGGACCUGGCCCUGCAGCUGCUGCACAAGAGGAUCCAGGUGGGCCAACAUGGGCACUCAUCCGUGGAAGAUGCUGCCACCGCCAUGGAGCUCUACCGGCUGGUGGAGGACAGGUGGGAGCAGGAGGUGGCCAGCAGCCUGUGGUCGCACCCUGAGGAUAGGGAACCGGACAGUAGCACUGACGUGGAACACUACAUGGAGGACCAGUACUGGCCUGAAGAUCUGGCCCCCAGUGCCAGGAUAGGAACAGGGGAGGUGCAGGACGGAAGGAAGUGAGAGGGAGGAGGAUUGAGGAGGAAGCCUGGGCCAGGGGGCACUGGACGGUACAUCUGGGAGGAACAGGGCAGGCAGGACGUCCCUGGUGCCCAGGGUCAGAGCUGCUGGCACCAUCUGUGUGUCCUCUGUGCACACUAUGCCCACAGUGCAGCCCUCUCCAAGGGUUGUUGGCAUUUCAGUCUUCUGACUCCUGUGGCUUUAUUAAUGGCAUUUUAUAGAAUCAACUUGGCAGGUGGCAGGAGUCCGGGAAGUGACAGUGUUCCCUCCAGGCUCUCCACACAGCAUCCAGGGUGGUUAGUGUCCUGGAGCUCCCUUGCCUCAGUUUGGUGACAGGGUGGAGUUCUGUUCUUGUCACCUACCUCUUCCUCCAAGGUCUUCCUAAAGUGGAAGAGAAGCCCUCAUUUGUCCCCUUUCUUUGUGCUAAAACUGAGUACAGCUGCCAUAGGAACCUCGUCCCCUGCAGGGCCUGUUCCCACCCUGCUAGGCUGGACAGGGGAGCAGCCCAUGCCUCCCCAGGGGAGCAGGCCCCUUCCCAAGCAUGGCCUCAGAAGUCCUUGGGUACAGUGCAAGGAGCAGGGCAGGCAGAGAAGCCCUGAUUGGGAACUGACAUUUAUUGUGACCCAAAUCAGGGAGUCCCAUGCCCACCCAGCGUGAGGCUCUCCUAUGCCAAAGCCUGGAAGACCACACAGUUGCUUGGGUGGCCCCAGCAGAGCUGACCCCAGCUUCUUAAAAGAGACCGGGGCCACCAUCUCCAGAAUCAGAAUGUCUGCUGCCAUGGCAGGUGUACAGCUCAUGUCCCUGCACCUUUGUGGUGCUACCUUAACUCCGACUGAUGGCUACUGUGACCACUGUGGUUUAGAUUCAUUUCUGAAAAUGCUGUUUCCCAAGGAGCAGUUUUGGGGUACUGAUCACACAAGCCUCUGAGUCCCAUCUUUCUGACACUUGGCAGAUAAGCCAAGCCAGCCUGUGACUUCCCCCAGCUGUUUCCCCAUGUGUUAAGGGGCACAGCCUCCCACAUAGGGUGGGGAGGAGGCUAAAGGCCAGGUUCCCAAACAGUGCCGGCUUGUCCUUUAUGAACGAGCUGCUGGCCCUUGAGAACAAUGCCUGCACGCUGACCUUGUGGUGGGGAACAGCACACAGGCCCAGGCCAGCAUGGACGCAGUGCAGAAGUUCAGGGUUACUUUCAGGUGUGGUCUGUGGCUCUGCGAUGCCACUUGUCAGUGUCAGGCACCGAGGGACAUUACCACACCCAUAAUACAUGCUGUCAACUGAAUCUCCCAUCCCAGGGCGGGCUGUGGGGUCACUGGCUCCUCCCUGUCAGCAGAGCAGGGGCCUGGCUUAGUUGACCACUGCCAGCUUGGCUCAGCCCUUCUGUGUGGCUGCUGACGGCAGAUUGGCAGCCAAGCAGUACCUUGCUCGGUUUGUGGGUCGGAGGCAGAUGGCGAUAUUACUGUCAUCAGUGGGAAAAGUGUUGAAAAUCACUUUGUUGUAAAACCAUUUGUUCUGGAAUAAAGCUCAACUGGGAGAGCAGGUGAUGUGGCCCUUUGCAUGAAUCGUCUGUCUGCCUUGUUGGGGCACUGGGCUUUGCUGAGUGCUUUGGCCUUAAGCAUCUUUUAAGAUGGGGAGAUGAGAAAAAAGUAACAUACAGAAUUAAAUAAUUUUUAAUUUUACAAUUACCCUAUUAUAAAGCACAGAUUUAUUUAAUUUCUCCCCAAAACUAUGUACUCACUCUAAAACUUUUUAAUUGUGAUAUAUAAAAUUUACCAACUCAACCAUUUUUAAGUGUCCCAUUUUGUGUUAAGUAUAUCUGCUUUGUUUUGUUUUGUUUUUGAGACAGUGUCUCACUAUAUAGUUGAGACUGACCUGGAAC